CCCGCGGCCGGAAGAACAACCCCAAGUUGAAGAGAGCGCCCGGCGAAGGAGGGUCCCCGGGACCAAGCCCCCGAGGCUGGGGCACCGGGGCCGACCCCUCAGGUGCCGCCUGGGGCCACAUGCUGCCCUCUUGCCCAGAUGUUUGACCCACGGUGGGAAAAAGCAGGUGCCUCCAGCAGGUUGGAUGUGAAUGGACCGGGCCUGGGACGGAGCCCACGGACCUUGGCCAAGCAUAGCCAGUGUCCGAGUGCGGGCGCUGUGCUGGCGGAGCCGGCGCAAGCCCCACCCCCAGAGCACGGCCCCGGGCAGCCGAGGGGGCAGCCACAGCGGGCAGCCGCCGGAGGAGCGCCUCUCACCUGCCCGACUGCAGGCCCUGGCCCAGGUGGAUGACCUCCGACUGGUGAGCGUGCUGGAGCUGUGUGUCAACACCCACGAGAACAGCCUGGGGAACUUUGGGCUGCACCUGCCCAACCUAAGCCAGCUGAAGCUGAACGGCAGCCGCCUGGGCUCCCUGAGGGACCUGGGCACCUCGCUGGGCCGCCUGCAGGUGCUGUGGCUGGCUCGCUGCGGCCUGGCUGACCUGGAUGGCAUCGGCUCCUUCCCGGCCCUGAAGGAGCUCUACCUUUCCUACAACGACGUCUCGGACCUGAGCCCGCUGUGCCUGCUUGAGCAGCUGGAGGUGCUGGACCUGGAGGGCAACUGUGUGGAGGACCCGGGGCAGCUGCACUACCUGCAGCUGUGCCCGCGGCUGGCCACGCUCACCCUGGAGGGCAACCCGCUAUGCCUGCGGCCCGGCCCCGGCCCCACCCACCAGGUGCCCCGGGGCUACAACUACCGGGCAGAGGUCAGGAAGCUCAUCCCCCAGCUGCAGGUCUUGGACGAGCUGCCAGCCACGCACACACGCCUGCCGGCCUCCCGGAAGCUGGACCACGACUGGCUCAUGGUGAAGAAGGCCAUCAAGGAGGGCAGCGUCCUGGACAGCCUGCUCCCCGGGCUGGGUUCUCCCCACGGAUCCCCCGUUUGGAGACGCGGCCCCGAGCUAUGCUCGCCUGAGACCCAGCGCAGGGCCCCCAGGCCCUGGCCCCGCUCCCUGCUGGUCCCCGGGGGCCCCCUGCCUGCAGGCCUUCUUCCCCAGGGCCCAGCCCCAGAGGACGACGCCAGCAGCCUCACCCACGGUGCCGGCCGGGUCCUCUGUGGAAACCCCGCCAAAGGCCUGCGGGAGCGUCGGCACCAGUGCCAGGCUGGGGCACACCCAGAGAGGCUGCCGCCUACCGGGCCCGAAGACCUGGCCGCCCGGGCCUCCGCCCCGGGGCCUGACCCUGCAGACGGCUGCCACCUCCUGGCCUCGGCCGGGCUUCCGGCCUUGAGGGAGCUGCGCCUGCGUCCCCUCCCCAGUAGGUGCCUGGAGCCCCGGGAGGAGGGGGCCGCCGCCCCCGGGGGCCCACAGAGGGGCCCUGAAGAAGAGCAGGACAAGGCUGGGCCCAAGACUCGCCCCAGCCCCCCGAGCCUGGCCCCAGAGCCUUCCAGGACCUUGGGCUACAACCUGACCCCCUCUCCUCCCAAGUCCCUCAUGCCAUCUGACAGGGGCAGCAGCUCCUGGGGGUCCACAGAUCUGCAGUUCUGGGGGCGUCGCCUCAGAGCCCUGGGUAGUCUGGGGCCUGGCCUGGGUCAGGGGCUGGCUGCAGUGACUGCUCUGAGAGCCCUAGAGGUGGCCUCAGGCCCCAGCCCUCGAGCCGAAGGCUGUCCAGACCCAAAGCCGGCACCAGAUCCAGCAACCAGACCCCCAGCCUCCGAUGCAUGCCGCACCUGCCUCAUCACCCCAGCCCAACCCCACCCCUAGUGUACACCACUACCCACUGCCAGGCUGGCCUGGGUGGUAGGCAAGGGCCCCAGGGCGAUCGUGGGAGCCCCCGUGUGAACUCUGGCCUCACAGAACCCAGAGGACCUGGGCGGGUGUGUUAGGGGGUGGGAAGUGAGCCUGGCACAGGAGAGGACCCUCUUGGUAGAGGGAAGUUAGGAGUUGGGACCACCACGCGUGGGAAGAGGGGGAUCCCAGGAGAGAGUGGUCCAACUCGCCACCGCUGGCCCAGCUGCCCACCUCUUCCGUGUGGCCUGGCCUUCCCAGGAGGAGCAGACUGGGCCCAGGCCGAGGUGGCUGCAGCUGGCCCCUGGCCAUCCCCUGGCCAGCCCUCCAGCCGCCCCAGGGCUCUGAGCCACCCCUGGGUUGCUGCGGUCCCGAGCAGAGGCGCUUGCCCUAGGCUAACCAGGGUGCGACAACGCCUCCCAUCCCUGGUGGACUUGUGGGCUUCCCCGCGCGGGGAUGGAGUGGCCAGCUCCCUCCUCUUGGGGCCGGAUACCCGUAAAACCAAGCGAAUCAUU